AUGAAGAAGACUAAAACUGGUUCUUCUGAUAAACCAGUCCAGGAGUCUAAAUCUACGAAGAAUCCAAAGAAAACACCAGUUACUGAUGCAGAGCCAAUAAUACAGGAAGUUUCAGUUGUUGACACACUCUUAACUAAGCAUGUUGGUUCAGAAACUCAAAAAGGAAUUAUUCCUUCAAAGACCGCGCCUGUUUCUCCAUCAUCAAAGAAACGAAGGACUGCUGAUAUGGCUAAACAUAUUUCAAAGAAGAAGAAGAAAAGCAAAAUGAUCAUCUCUUCUGAAUCUACAACUGACGAAGAUGAAACAAUUCCAGAAACUCCUGAAGCCAAUCUUCAAAAAUAUACUUCUACUCCUUCACAGACAGCUGUUAUACCACCCGAAGGUUCGGUUGCCAAGUCAUUAUCUGAGGAGGCACGAACUUCUGACAUUCUUGUAAACGUAUCUCAUACGGAUACAAAUGUCAUCAUGGGUGAGUAUGAUUCGAAGAAAGAUGACCAAGGUAAACCUUCGACUAUUACCUCAGAAACUUUUAUUUCUUUUCCUCCACAAAUUACACCUAUCAUACUCAUUACUUCCACCACAGAUUCUCCUACUUUCGAAAACAUUAUCAAACAUCCAAUUACUUCUCUUUUCUCUUCUCAAUCCACUAGUCCACCCACAACCACUUCACCAAUUCAAGAAUCUAUUUUUAUGGAGACUGAGAAUGAAUCUGAAAGUUUUGGAGGAACUUUUGAGAACUUGGAAUUUGAUGAAGAUGAAGCUGAUUUCCCAGAUCAUAUGUUUAUGGGAAUGAAGCAGUUUAAAAUCUUGAAUACAAAACUGAAUUCAAUUCUUCAAUUACAUGUAGAUCUUGGACGAGCCAAGAGAAUUGUUGUCUCUAGAGAUAUCAAGUUUUUUUUUGAAGAAAACUACCCUUAUUCCAACAUAAAGCACAAGUCUGACGCAACCAAUGAUCAAGAUCCUUUUGAAUUUGAUGCUACUAUAUAUGAUGACCCAGAGUUGAGUGUUGCACCACAGCUACAUCAUGUAGUAGACGUACCUGCUACUAUUGCAACUGAGCAUAAAGAAGCUUAUCAAACACUUCCAUCGGAAAGCAUGGAUAAUUAUGACACUACAGUCAAUCCUCACGAUAGUGAUGAACAACAAGACACAUUCGUUCAGCAAAGAACCAGACCAAAGAUACUACCAAAAAGAUAUGAGGUCUGUUAA